GAUGAUAUCGGUUUCCUAUAAAAGCGGUCUCUAGGCGCGGUUUAUACUCAGUUUAAGGCAACUGUUUGAUAAAAAUGCAAGCCAUGAAAGUGAUCUUCGUUCUGAGCCUGACCCUGGCCGUUGCUGUCGAUGCCAGGUCGGCGCUGGGUGCCCCAAAACCCCUGGAGGGCGCUGAUUUAUCCGCGGCUAAGGACCUAUUGACCACUACGCUCACCAAAGUGGCAGCAGGGGAUGGUCCCAGCUAUCAGGUUGUAAACGUGAUCUCGGUCAGUAGCCAAUUAGUGGCUGGGUCUCUACACAAAUUCCAGACGGAGCUGUCCAACGGAUCGGACAACAAGGAGUGCAUCGUUAAGAUUUGGAACAGACCAUGGUUGGCGGCAAAGGGCAUCUCCACCAAUGUUAAGAUUCAGUGCAAGGAUGAACCUGAAAUCGACACAACCUGGUAAACCAAGUUUCCUUAUCUUACGUCAGUUAAUUGUGAUCUAAUAAAAAGUGCGAGCAUUAAAA